AUGUCAUCCCUCCGAGCACACUUCAGAAACCACGCUCAGCAACAAGACGAUCCGACCACAUCCCAACCUCCGAAGCCUACCAGCCGCAUCCCUACCAAGUCUGUCGCCCCCGACGGUGGCAAGCAGAAGAAGCCUGUACAGCAUGUGUCCAAGCUGGCCAAGCGCUCCAGCAGGAGCAUCAAAUCCCCCGAGCCCAGCCUCAAGAGUAGCACGACGAGGACGGCGACACCGGUGACAGCAGUGGCGCAAACCCCCGUUGGCUCCAGCAGAGGAAUCUCUGUGCCACCGUCGGGUUCCACGGUACCUGCUGCGCCGCCCAAUAUGCGCACUCCCUCUCUAGUCUCGGGAUCUUCAGUGUCGACUUUUGAUAGUCCACGGUCCGCUCUGCGCCGAAAGCCGUCUGGUGCUAUUGACAAGUAUGCCGCCCAAAAGCGGGCAGAGUCGACGGGGGCAAUAGCAAUGGACAGAGCAGCGAUGCACAGUAGAAACGACUCGAGUCGCGAAGAGUUCGACGAUACCGUGCUUGGCAUCUCUAUACCACCGACCUUCCCUUACGACGAGCAAGAUCAGAAUGCAGCGCUAGACUUCUACGACCAGAGCAUUACCCGCGACUUCACACCGCCCAUAUACGGUGCUUAUGCGCCGUCAGCUACACCAUCGACACGGUACACCGACUCUCCCUUCAGCCAUGUGCCAACGCCGAGCUCAGCUUCGUCAUACUCUCCGGGUCUGGUUGUAACGACAGGUAAUGCGCCAAGACCGCGACAGCCCAGCAGUCCUACGCACAGCAGACCCCCAGUCAGUGGACGACCUCCUACGAAGGAUGAAGCAUCUCGAUUGGGCCUUCCUCCUGUUCGUGAAUCCUCCACAUCGUCUUCGAAUUCUACUGUACGACCUGAGGUGAAGUUGGCGCAUGCGAGGAAGGAGCAAGCACGACGAGCCCAGAAUACGCUUUCGCCGACGACCUCAAACGAUGAGCGAACGACAUCACCAAAUAGCCGACACCGAAAAGACGUCUCUACAUCCUCAGCACGGCCAUCAAUCCAAGUACCACCAGAGCUUGCUCAUCUCAAUGUGGAGCCGCCGCCAAGGACUUCACUCCCAAGAUCCCCGCCACCUUCCAGACCUAGUCGAGAAGGCACAGCCAAUAUUGCAGACAUGAACAAACCUUCGCCAGUCGUGCAGAGCGAUCUGCCGCGCCUUUACACGACUUACCACAAGCGAACGCCUUCUCAGGAAACUCCGACCUCUGCGAGCUCGCCAAGCUUCAAGUCGCGAUUCGGAUUCUCUUCACGUUCCUCGUCUAGGAAUGAAUCUCGCAUAGAUUCUGCAAUCUCGCCACCACCUGGAGCUCGACAAUUUCACAGAAGUGCCACUCCUGAAGUUCAGAGUAAAGAUGGUGCCAAACUUCAACGGAAAGACUCGCCGGCUGUAUCUGCCCCCAGCACUGCCAAGCCUCCUCGAUUCGGCUUCUUCUCUCGCAAACCUAAAGCAGAAUCCAUCAAGACCACCGAGAAGCCGAAGCGUCAACCCAGCAAGGGACCUGCAGCGGGCACAGGCCACGAAGGCUAUGGACGAUUUGGCGUUCGUGGGCGAAGCGGGAGCAUGUCAAGCAGUGCCGGGUUUCGAUCACCAAGCACGGACAGUGGAAGGAGCAAUGCGGCUCGACCACCUCCACCAACGGCGCGCAAAAGCAGCAUCGGCAGUAAGAAUGGGUCUGAGCUCGAUGACUUUCUCAGAGAGCGUCUCACUCCUGUCAUAUUGCGUGGGAGUGGUAGUACGUUCAGCAAUACGGCCUCCAGCUCCGACCUUCCGGGCACGAGCCUACAUCCGGCAUCUUCGAAGUCAUCGUCCUUGGACAGUCUUCCGGCUCCGCAACUUCUGCCGUCCGUCAUGUCUGAGUCCCGCGACCAAUCACCAAUGAAAAGGCCGCCGCUCGCAAGGCGCAUGCCUUCUGACAGCUCUGAGGAUGACAUGUCGGCGAGAUACCCCAGUCUUGCCACACGCCGUUCUCUGACACGAAUGUCUUCUGCAGACAGUCGAUCACCGGUGCGGGUGCCACCACCUAUCAACACCAACUUAUCGCAUCACAAUGCACCUUUGGACAGCUACGAUGCAGAAACAUCCGCGUGGCCACAGACAGACAGCUCUUUCCCUCCAACUGAAGAUGCUUUCCAUGGCAGAGAGGGACACUGGCUGGCCUCGCCCAUCAGCGAUUCUCCAGUCACGCCAAGUCGCAAAUGGAACUUCUUUCAGCGUGUCACGGCCUCGCCUCGAUCCAAGGGCAAGGAAAGGGCAGUUGAGAGACCCAUUGAACCGGAAGUUGCUGCAAGGCAGCCGCCGCCUAGGAACGUGGUGCAUUAUGGGAUGCUAGGGCCUGUUGAACCGAUUGCUCUGGAUGAGGUGGAGCGCAUCGCUCAGGAGAAUGAAACGUCCGCGGAUGACUCAAUGUCAGAGUCCAACGGACCGCACAAGAUGGUGCCUUAUGAGCGGAGACAUACCAGCCUGUUGCCAUCGCCACCAAGGGCUGACUACAGCAGCGACUCUGCCUUCAGAGCCAAACCCUUACCACCAAGGAUCACGGUUGACCGACAAGACUCUUCAGAGUCGCCUGAGCUACUGCGUGCGCAGCCAGCAUUCGCUCAUCAGACUGCGAAUGUGGUCAAUAUCUCUCGCUCGCCGCAGGAGUCGUUCAACCCUGUCUUUGCCGCACCUCCAACAUUCGUCACUGACCGAUCAGAGAUUGUGAGUACUCCAGAGGCGCAGCAACGGCCGUUCGGGUCUCCUGAACCUCAAAAUGGAUCUCCACGACAACCGAGACUGUCACCAGUUGGUAGGAUCCCUGCCGUGGUCUCUCGACGUGAUCGCGAUAGGAAACUUCCCGACAACUCGUUUUCGCGACCUUUCGCUCGCACCCAGCCAAGGCCAAGUGUCAAGCCUCCUGGGUCCGUGUACAGCCAGAUUCGAGAGAUGGCGAGCCCGAUCGAGUCGAACUCGCAACCUGUGUCUUCCACCAGUACCCGCUCUGACGGCAACUCUCUCGAUCCGAAGAGCAGCACAUUCACCAACCCGCCAAGUACCUCGACGAACCGUACGAGCAUGGACAUCCACGCUCAAAGUGAGUUCUUCACUUUCCCUCCUAGGAAGAACUCCGAGCAGUCGUACUCAACAAGUUCCGGGCAUCCCAGCUGGAUGACCGCUCUGUACACGCAACCACCGCAGCAAGAGGAUGUCUGGAACGAGUAUAACGACUUCCUGGAUGAAGUUAUGCCGCUCAAGACGCCUACCACGGGAUCAUCUCUUGGCGCUCCGUUCCAAUAUUCUAGCAUGCUGUUCGACGCUGCUUCCACUCCUACAGUUGUUGGCGUGCCGCCAUCGUCGCAGCUGCCACCUCUUCCAGAGCCUCACGCCAACCAAGCUGUGCUGAGCGUACCGCAGCAGAUCUCGCAAUUCUUGCAGCCAUCUUCUUCACCAAUGACUCCGGAUACGAUCUAUGGCUUCAUCGGCGGUUAUGGCAACCGAAGUACAAGCACUCUCUACUCUCAGGGUCGUAACAGCAUUGUGGAUCAGCGAGCCAGUACCUAUCAACCUGCACGCAUCACUCCGCCAGGCUCCAGAAAUAGCGUUGCAUCAUCGGUGCAUAGCAAAGGCUCGAGGCAUUCUCGAGCAGCCUCUUUGCCGCAGGGCCAUGCACCUAGCUCGCAGUCGGGCUUGGCUGCCACUAGACGGCCCGUACGUGAUGCCCAGCUUGUAAACAUCGCGGAGAUACCUGGCCAUGAGCAAGGUGCUUCGCCGAGCUUGCGAAUUGGCGCAUUGAUGACCAGCAAGUGGUUGUCUUUUGGACGUGUGCUUUUCAGUCCUGCACACAACGAGACACACCUAGCUCAUGAACCAAAGGUCCUGGUGGUUGAUGGACUCAGCAGCGACUGGUCAUACUAUGUCGCUCUCUCUUAUCCUGCGGCAGAGGUCUACAACCUCACGCCAAGCAUGCCUGGAUCGCCCUCCUUCUCCUGGCCUGACUCGAACGAGAAGCCGCCACGCAAUCAUCGCCAGAUCCCUCUUGUCUCGAUUUCGACACCGUUCCCAUUUCCAAAAGGCUUCUUUACAUCGGUUGUCUUCAGAUUCCCCAAGGCAACUACCGAGCAAAACUAUGCGGCUUGCAUUUCAGAGUGCAAGCGUGUGUUGCGACCUGGCGGCUACUUGGAAGUGGCUAUCUUGGACCUUGACCUCAUGAACAUGGGGACAAAGGCAAGGCGAGCAGUACGCGGGUUGAAGACCAGGAUGCAGCAACGGGAUCCGGAGGUGUGCUUGAGGAAUCUCAGCGACAUCUUGGUUUGUCAAAUCGGCCGACGAGGGUUCGAAGCCGUUCAACGCUGCAUUGUUGGCGUGCCUGCCGCUGGUAGGAUUCCAAGAAGUCAAGACAUUAGCAGUGUCAGCUCAGGCUCCUCUGGAAAGCCCGUCUGGCAUCGAGAAGCUCGCAGCAGCAAGAGCCAAGAGUUCAGUCUCGCAGAUUUGCUUGAAGACUCCCGCAACAACCAAUUCGGAUCUGGCAAAAGCAAUGAUGAGACCAUCACCAAAAUGGUUGCGAAAGUUGGUCGGUGGUGGUAUUCCACCUGCUACGAAAAGGCCUUACUGCCCACCGAUCAAAGUAUUUGGGCCGACCCUACCUUACUCCGCGAAUGUGAAAAGCAAGGCACCAGCUUCAGGCUGUUGAUAUGCCAUGCACAGAAGCCGACACAGACACGCCGGCGAACGGUCAGUGUGUGA